CAGCUCUUGUCAAAAGUAUGAGUUUAAUUGGAACAUUGAAAUCAAACAGCGUUGGAUUCUACUCAGAAAGUCCUCUACAUGAUACAAACAAUAUGUCAAACAUGUUUUUUAAUCAAUCGCCAUUUCCAAGAAGGCCAGAGAAGGAGGUAUGUUAUUAACCCUGGCAGUGAGCGGCAGUGUGCCCCCUUGGGAAAUAAAAUUGUCUGGCGUUGGACAGAGUAAAAUAAUAAAAUAAAGAGGAGGUAUGUUAUUAACCCCAGCGAGCGGCAGUACGCCCCCUUGGGAAAUAAAAUUGUCUGGUGUUAGACAGAGUAAAAUAAUAAAAUAAAGCACAUUACAUGCAUAAAGAUCUCACAUCUUUUAGCAAGUCUGCCAAACAAGCCAUCAAUAAGUUGUGUUCGCACUGCUUGUCUCAAGUUGUCAACAAGUUUGGAACAAGUUGUUAACAACUUGUAACAAGUUUGUUGGUAUUAUCGGACUUGUUGCAAGGUUGUUCCAACCAGUCCGAUACAGUCAUGAUAUAACAAUAUUAGGGGUGCACCGGAACUCGGUUCCGGCCGGUUAGUUCCGGCCGGAACCCCGAUUUUUCAGAGUUCCGGUUCUGGCCGGAACUAAUAAAAAAAGCAUGGCCGGAACCGGAACUCUGUCGUUUUCAGAGGGAUAGAAUAUCAAACGUUUUUGUGUCUAACAAAAGUUCACAGUAGGAAGAAAUUUGGACUACCAAGGGAAAUGUACACUAUUAGCACUUCAUUAUGACGUUUAACGUUUGUCAAUAUUUUUAUUCUAACAUUUGCGAGCUUUCUCCUUGAUGACUUGAAGUGUCUGGCAGCGGACAAAGUAACAUAUGACUAUAUAUGGCUUAAUAAAUUAGUUCCGGUUCCGGCCGGAACUUCCGGCCAGAACUUUUCUCCAGUUCCGGUCAGAUCCGGUUCCGGCCGGAACUUAAAAAAUUGGUUCCGGUGCACCCCUAAACAAUAUUGUUACAACCUUGUGUCAUCAACCUUGCAACAUUCUUGUUAUAUUGUGUUGCACUUGACUGUAUCAGACCAACCUUGUAACAAGUCUGAUAAUGCCAUCAAGCUUGUUACAAGUUGUUAACAGCUUGUUUCAAACUUGUUACAACAACUGGCAACAAGCAGUGCAAACACAACUUGUUGACAGCUUGUGAACAGAUUUGUAACAACUUGUUUGCAGACCUGUAACAACUUGUGCAUUUUUAUGUGUUUAUGUGUGUGGGGCGCAAUGCAACUUAUAGGGUUAAUUUCACCUUGCAAUGUAUUUGAAACUUCAACAGACCAAAUAAAGUAGAUUCGAAUGCCUGGUUUAAUAUCUAAAUUUGUUCCAUUCUAUAUUUACAUUUAAUUUAUCAGAACUAUUUAUUGUUUAUCUUCAGCCCUUGACUUCACAUUCGACAAGUCAGUCAGCAUCGCAUUUAAACAAUCUCUAUUCUGCACCCUCAGGUAACAAAAUAUUGAAGGAAAUGUAAUAUUUGAGAUUGUUUUGCAAGUUACAAUUUAAUAUAUUUCUAUUUGUUAAGUUACAGCACCAGGUCCACAGGCGAGCUAUUUUGGAUCUGGUCUUGGCAGCCCAGGUAAUUCUAGCCUGCAGACAGGCUCUCAAACUGAAUUGAGAGCCUGCAUCGAUGACUAAUGAAUUUGAAUAUCUGCCCCGUAACGUUCGUUUUUCCAAAUAUGGAUUGUCUAUCCUUAUAUGGUGUUGUUUACAACUUUCGUGCUAACUAAAUUUAGACCGUGCAAACUAAAUUUAGACCGUACAGUUUAUACUGUUUUUCGAAAUAUAAUUAGAUAUUGAAGCAAACGUUCAAAUGUUUUAAAUACUGUUUUCUCAAAACAGAACAUUUCGUGCUUUGAGAUAAGAUGGUCAAGACCAAUUUGAUCAGUUAAUGUGUUUUUUAUGCAUAGUGCUUCAGCAGUUGACAUAUAUAGAGCUCAGCGGAAACAUAUAAAUUAUAGCAUCUGACCAAGAUGAGAAUUUCGCGUCACGAUUUGAGACGCAGAUAUUCAAAUUCAUUAGUCAUCGAUGCAGGCUCUCAAUUCAGCUUGAGAGCCUGUUUGCAGGCUAAGGUAAUUCUUGAUCUAAGGUGCUCACAUCACACCCUGCCCUGAUCAAAAUAAUCAUGCUUGAAAAAUUGCUUUCUUUGCAAACCUACUAAACCAAGAAUCAACUAGACAUGGAUUUAGAAAUGUGCAUUCAAUAAUUACAGUUUAUUAUAUGGCUUUUUUUUGGCAAAAUUCUCUAUUCUGAUUGAUUGACAAGCGGUUCCUAAAAACCCAUGUCCGGACCGUGGUCCGUAUUUUCUGUAUCUGGACCGUCACAGAUGUCGUUUCUGGCGGGAAAUUUUUGCUUUGCAAACAGAAAAAAUUUUUGCUUUUUAAUUUUCCAAUUGUGUGUCAUUAAAAUUUACAGAUAAAAAUUUCAAACAACCAAAUUGUUUUUGAUUGAAUAUGCACGCCUACCGUAUAUUGUUACCCAGUGAAACUGACAAAAGCCGAUUUAAUUUGCACGAAAAGCAUAUGCUCACAGACUCAGUUCAGCCAUAUAAUAAGCCGAUUAUUGACGUCGCUUGUUCGAUCAGUACUGUACGUGAAAUAUCAGACCUCUGUUUUUUGUAUGGACCUCGCUCCUUCGUCGCUCGGUCCAUACUAAUAAACCUCGGUCUGAUAUUUCACAGUACAGACCUCACGCUCGGUCAAUAAGCCGUUAAUAUAUCAAGGUCUGAAAUUUAAAUAUUUUUUCUGUAUCCUACUGCAUGGGAGCAGGAUUCAAGUUUAGUAUAUCCCCCUGAGAAUCCAAUAUCCCACUUCUGAAUCCUGGUUACCAUAAGUAUUAUGUCCCUGUCCCAUCCAAUAACUCUCGCUGUUACAAAUUACAAUAACAACAGGAGAUUCGACAGUCAACAACUAGACAAUUCAUUAAUACACAAAAAUGCACAUAAUACGAGGAAAGGCUUGGGUGGCAAACUCAUGCAGGUAUUCAAAAGCUAUCAGGAGACUGUCAGAGGUGCUUAACAUUUUCCUAAUGUUUGAAAUUUUCUUAGUAUCCAGUUGGGAUACAAGUCAUGCAUUCACAGUUUGGUACCCAAAACCAAAUUUUAGUAUCGGGAUACUGCAAAUUUGAGAACCUGUAUUUAGUAUAUCUCUUUUGCUCAAGUUCUUUAAUUCCAUUUAGGUGGUUUAACCACAACAUCAGCAUUGCCUGGGGCGCCAGGCAGUAGCCGAGGUCUUACAGGAUCACCACAAGUAAGAUUUGUUCUUUUAUUCAGUUAUAACAACAUUCGAUCGUGUUACAAAUUACACUCAGAACUCUGCAUCAGAGAGGUGUUCAUUUUUACCAUGUAAAUCAUAAAAAAUUAAGAUACAAUUUUUUUCAAUGUCACGUAUUUGCGAUGAAAAGUGUUCAAAACCUAAAAUCUUUUUGGCGUUCCUCUCAAAAUUACUUUGUUUUAGCUUUAUUCUCUAGUUUAUACAGUUAGCUACCUUUUUAAAUGCAUCUGCCGGUUGAGAAACAUAAAAUAAUAGUUAAAAAUUGUCAAUUAAAAUACUAUUAUCAAUGAUGCUUUAAAAUUGACGCCAUAUUUACAGCCAUGUAAGCAAAACAUACUGAACUUCAGACAUCAUUUUCUCUUUGGCGUAUCAUCUAAAAUCCCUUCAUUUUAGCAUUACUUUACAGAUAAAGCACUAAACAUACUUUUUAAGUUUGUUUGCCGAUUGCGGAGAAACGCAUCGAAAAAUAAAAAUUUUGAAUUUAGUCAUAACCUCAAGUGAUAUAUUAUACCAUUUAUACGCAUUGGUUUUGAGCGCGUGUUACGUAACAUACAAAAAAAUCUCCUCUUAAACUACACAAAACCUUCAUUCCUUCUUUUUUAUUCACAUUUGUAGUUUAGUCGAAGUGUUUCCUAUCCUGGAUAUCACAAUAAUCAUUUAUCAGGUCAACUGUCGAAUGUUGGUUCAGGAUUGCAACAUUUAAAUAAUGUUAGUUCAACUGUCUCGUCAACACAACCUGGGAGGUAG